UGACAUUUUCCAAAAUUUGUUUGAGUCAGAUUUGAAAGUUUAGAAAAUAUCUUUAGUCAAACUGAGCAACAAGAAAAUUUUGUGUGAAAAGAAAAUUUCAAAAUGAAAAUCGUUUUGUGUUUCUUCGCUGUGUUAUUGACACUUCACUGCAGCGACGCUCUUUGUCCUCAACGUUCUGACACCGCACGCAUCCUACGUCGUCGACGUCACAGUGACAUAUUUUACGUCGACGCUAACCAUGGCAACGACGCUUGGACAGGGAGAUCCCCUAACCCGAGCGGAACUGAAGGACCUUUCAAGACACUUAAAGUGGCGAUCGAGAAAAUACGAGUUUUGCGAACCUCUGAUGUAAAAGCUGCGACUCUCUACGUCAGAAGUGGCUCGUACUUCGUAAAAAAGAAGAUUUUUCUGGAUAAGCGCGAUUCCAAUCUCGCAGUUAUCGGGUACGACGCUGGUGAGCGCCCCCUGAUUUCUGGAGCAAAUAAAAUAAGUGGAUCGUCGUUCUACCCAUACUCCCAAACCGAGACUCAUACCAUAUAUGCGGCUCGUUUUACCGGGAGGUGUUCCUCUCAUUCAUUCCUCGGCACCAAGCGACUUAUUCGUGCACGAAAACCGAACCUUGCAAAAUGGACCGGAGCAGAUCUAACUGGAUCUGGACCUUACCUACGCAUGAAGAACUUAUUGGACCCGACCCCAGAAUGUAAUAUGGCUGGAGCUGGCGGUUAUACUCAGCGUCAUUGUCCCGUGCAAAACAGAUGGGGAUUCAAAUUUCACCAAGGCGAUAUCAACCCGAACUGGUACCGACUUACCAAAGCUGAGAUCCUCGUAUUCAAUGCAUGGACGGCAGAAAGAAGGAGAAUCGACAAAGUCAAUAUACAAGACGACUCCGUUAUGUUUCAAAGAAUGCUUCGUUUCCCUGUUGGAAAACAUCCUGGACCAUCAGGGUUUCGAUUCGUUGUGGAAAAUGUUUUUGAAGAACUGGAUACGGUUGGUGAAUUCUAUUGUGACGAAACAAGAGGAAUGUUCUUCCUUAUACCACCAGAGGGAGCGUUUCCCACCGAAGACGUUUAUGUUUCAUACAGAGACGUAUUUUUCAGAGGUCGCAACGUUGAAAACCUGAGAUUCCAAGACCUCAGCUUCAAGCACUCACACGACAAUCAUUUCUCGGGUUACAACGGAAGACCUGGUUUAUUUGACUUCGAAAAUUGCGACGGAAUUCACUUUGAAAGAUGCGAGUUCGCCAACAUUGGUUACACUGCUAUUUAUACCAGGAUGGUUAAAAAUAUGAAUAUCCUGUACAGCACAUUUAACGAUGUUGGAAACAUACCUGUUAUCGUGGAAUACAACAAUCAACCUGACAACUUCUACGCUCCAAGAAACGUCUACGUGAAACGAAACACUUUUGUGGGAUGCGGUGUCUACAGCAUGUACCAGCCAAGUUGCAUUCAUGUGAAAGGAGUCGCUCAAAUAGUUGUUCGAGAAAACGAUAUCAGCAUGUCUUCAUACGCCGGAAUAAGAGCUGGUUGGCAAAAGACGUUCACACCGGACUAUAACAAUGGUCAAACUGUCUUCACUAUUGUGCGCAACCAUGUUCAUCAUUAUGGAAACGGAAUAUUGAAUGACUUUGCUGGAGUCUAUAUGUCUUCCAAUAUGUUGGAUUGUGGGAUAAGACAGAACAUGUCCAUUUGUCAUCUUCACGCUGUGGUUGCUGACAACGCAAUUCACCAUUCAAAGGCUUACAACUAUGGUGCGAUCGGAGUGUAUUCCGACACGGCUGCGUCUUCCGUAACAGUUACUCGUAAUUGGAUUUACAAGCUGGCAGACUGCGCUGUUAACUUCCACUGUGGACAAAACAACAUCGCUGUGAACAACAUGAUUUAUCACAUCAGUCCCAAGCGUGUCUUCGGUGUUUGUAACCCGAGUGUGGGAGACGAUCCCAGAAUGCCUAGACAGAUAAUGGACUUUACAAGAAACAUUCUCUACGUGAACAACACGCUUGCACAUUUAUACGGCAGAGGCGACAAAUGGUACAACGAUGUUCCAUUAGUAAACCGAAACGACUACUACCUCAAGGGCUUCACCACACAAGAAUAUAACGGUUUCUUCAGCAAAACUUAUAGAACCUUUAACGAUUGGAGAAGUUCUACUGGUAACGACCGUGGGUCGAUCUUUGCCGAUCCCAAAUUCGUUAACAUGGAAAACGACGAUUACCGUUUGGCUGCUGACACCCCCGCUACUUUUAUUCGUUCUAUUGAUCUAAGAAAUGUAGUUGAUAACUCAGGCGCUUGCUAAAUAGUUUACGACGUAAUAAUGCAAUAAUCAAAUACUGGAAUA